AUGGAACUCUUACUUCCACACGCAUCAAACUCAACACCUCUCACCGUCCUCGGCUUCUUAGACCGAGCCGCCUCCGUCUAUGGUGAUUGUCCGUCCGUCCUCCACUCCCCAAACACCGUCCACACUUGGUCCGAAACCCACAACCGCUGUCUUCGAAUCGCCUCGGCUCUCACUUCCUCCUCUCUAGGGAUUAACCGAGGCCAAGUCGUCUCCGUCGUGGGCCCAAAUGUCCCGUCCGUUUACGAGCUGCAGUUCGCUGUCCCAAUGUCCGGAGCCAUCUUAAACAACAUCAACCCACGUUUAGACGCGCAUGCACUCUCCAUCCUCCUGCGUCACAGCGAAUCCAAACUCGUUUUCGUCGACCACAAUUCUAUCUCUUUGGUUCUUGAAGCAGUCUCGUUCUUGGAAAAACACGAGAAGCCACACCUCGUCCUUCUCAACGACGACCAAGAGGACGAUUCUUCGUCGGCUUCGGAUUUUCUUGACAGUUACGAAGGGAUCAUGGAGAAAGGAGACUCGAGAUUCAAAUGGAUCCGUCCUCAAACAGAGUGGCAACCGAUGGUUCUCAACUACACUUCUGGAACGACGUCGUCUCCCAAAGGUGUAGUGCUUAGCCAUAGAGCAGUUUUCACGCUUACCGUUAGCUCUUUGCUUGACUGGUCUUUACCGAACCAACCGGUUUACCUUUGGACUCUACCGAUGUUCCACGCCAACGGUUGGGGUUACACGUGGGGCAACGCGGCUGUCGGAGCCACCAACGUUUGCACGCGUAGAGUCGACGCACCGACUAUAUACGACUUGAUUGAUAAGCACCACGUGACUCACAUGUGUGCUGCACCGAUGGUUCUCAACAUGCUAACCAACUACCCGUCCCCUAAACCGCUCAAGAGCCCGGUUCAGGUUAUGACCGCCGGAGCUCCACCACCGGCAGCGAUUAUCUCACGAGCAGAAUCACUCGGUUUCAAUGUCAGUCAUGGGUACGGUUUAACAGAAACCGGAGGACUAGUUGUAUCAUGUGCUUGGAAGCGUGAGUGGGAUCAUCUUGAACCAUUGGAGAGAGCAAGAUUGAAAUCAAGACAAGGUGUAAGAACCACUGGCUUUGCGGAAGUCGACGUUAAGGACCCGAGAACAGGGAAGAGUGUGGAGCACGACGGAGUUUCUGUAGGAGAAGUCGUGUUCAAAGGCGCAUCGGUUAUGCUCGGUUACUAUAAAGACCCGGAAGGUACCGCAGCGUGUAUGAGAGAGGACGGAUGGUUUUAUACCGGGGACGUUGGGGUGAUACACAAAGACGGUUACUUGGAGGUGAAAGACCGGUCAAAGGAUGUGAUCAUAUGUGGAGGAGAGAACAUAAGCAGCGCGGAGGUUGAGGCUGUUUUGUAUACAAAUCCGGUGGUGAAGGAAGCUGCGGUGGUGGCUAAACCGGAUAAGAUGUGGGGAGAGACACCGUGUGCUUUUGUGAGCUUGAAGAAUGUUAACAAUGGUGAUGGUUCGGUUCCGGUUACUGAGAAAGAUAUAAGAGAGUUUUGUAAAACAAGGUUACCUAAGUUUAUGGUUCCGAGGAAAGUGAUUUUUCAGGAGGAGCUUCCAAAGACUUCUACUGGAAAGAUCCAAAAGUUUCUUCUCAGACAAAUGGCAAAGUCUCUAUCUUGA